GGUGGAAUCCUCCUUUCUCGUGUGACGAUUGACCACAGUUUUGGAGCCUUUCUUGCCACCUAUAGUGUGAUGUUUGGUCUAGGAAUGGGACUGCCCUACUCUGUUCUUUUUUCGGUAGCCUCUGAAUGGUUUCCGAAGCACCGGGGCCUUGUAGUGGGUAUCAUAGCAGCGGGCUUAGGUCUUGGUUCUCUCGUCUUCUCUCCAAUACAGACAGCUCUCAUCAAUCCACAUAAUAUCCACGAUCUGGCAGAUCCGAGGGUAAAAGACAAUCUUCCACGGGCAUUCAGCAUCCUCGGCGGAAUAAUGCUAGCUCUGCAAGUUAUUGGUUUGUGCUUGUGCAGAGAACGCAAGAAGGAAAUUGAAAAUGAAAAACGCAGCGACUCAACUCGGCUGGUUUCCACGUCGGACCUGGACGAAAGCAGAGAUGAAGAGGAACAAAUGGAAGAAAUGUCCAACUCUACAAUCACGCAAGCGCUGCGAUCAGCUGGUUUCUACAUUAUAUUCUCUAUAAUAUUCUUGGACGUAAUCGCUGUCACGAUUCAGUCAGCAACGUUCAAGGUGUUUGGCAAGGAUUGUCACUUGGAUGAUUGGUUUUUGACUACCAUUGCAACAUUAUCGUCCGCAUUUAAUUGCAUUGGUAGAAUAACCUGGGGAUUCAUUAUCGACAAAUUUUCAUUUAAGGUUCCGCUAAAUUGGAUGUUGGUACAGUGGGCGCUAUUAAUGGCUACGUUUCCUAUAAUCGGUGAAGCCAGCUACAUAAAAGUCCUGUAUGCAAUCUGGGUCUUCGGCCUAUUUUUUACCAUGGCGGGCCAUUUUGUGCUUAUGCCGGCUGCUUGCACAAGCUGCUUUGGACCGAAGAACAUGGCCACAAUUUACGGCCUUCUGUACCUAGCUACUGCACCAAGCUCGCUGUUGCUGUCAGCAAUCAUUUCACAAUUCAACAUAGAGGGAGAGUGGGAUACAGUGUACUGGUCUUGUGCGGCCGUUCUGUCCUUAGGUUUCGUCCUAUCACUUUUCCUGAAAGACCAAACGGGGGCCUGUAAAACUUGCUCCAACAUUUGCGCGCCUUGCUGUCCCUCGUCAAGCACAGAGUAUUCUGAAAUUCAAAUUAUUGACCAGGAUGAAAAAGACAAAAUUUGA